AUGUCGGCUAUUGGAGCGCUUCGCGAGCUAGAGAAGGACAAAAAGGGGUCUAACAACGCCGGUCUCAUGGAAUUGUUCGUGAAUUUCCCGACCCGGAUUCGCCAAUCCGGUCCCGUCAAGGGUGGCGUCAAGUUUGCCAUUAAGAGCUGGAAGAACUCUGGCAGGUGGCUGUGGGUCCUGUCGACGACGCUACUUGUAACGCUGGUGCCGCUUAGCAUUGAAAUGUUGCGUGAGGAGCAGACAAAUGAAGUAGUAAAGGAGCUGGUGAGCAAAGGAUUUAGCUACAACCAGAUUCAGGGCAUGGGCUACAUGGUUUCACAGCCAGAAAGCACGCUUGCAGCUCCUGCUGAAAGUGCCGCCCAUUAG